AUGUUUAAUCACAUUUUAUUUUGUGGUGUUGGUGAAUUUCUUAUUAUGUUAUCACAUGAUACACUUCAUUCUAAACAAGUUAUUCAAGUACAAAAUUUAAUUAAACAUUAUGUUCUUUUAUUAAUUUUAUUCAUUGAACAAUUUGUUACAUUACCAUAUAUAACUGCAUUACGUUUAAUUGAAUUAAUUGUUUGUCGUCGAAUUGAAAUGAUGUUAACACUUGAUGAACAAAUAUUACAUAAUUAA